AUGACGAGAUCUUCUUGUGCUGCUACUAAUAAUGAUACCAACGAUGAAAAUGAAGAUUAUUACGACGUCAAACCGUUCGGGAUGCUCUUCUUCCUCUUUGACUCACCGGCGGAGAAGCGCAAAUAUUUACAUUCUCGACGAGAAUCUUUAGGGGAAUUCUUCUCGAGUUUCCUCGACGAUAGAGUUUUAAUGAACGUUCUGGAACACAUAGACGAUGCAAAAACGCUCGCAAAAUUCACAAUGGCGAGUAAAAUGUGUUUCCAAUACGCCUCGUUCGAUUCCUUGUGGAAGAAGCUGUAUUUGAAUAGGUUUGGUUUAGAGGAAGCUGAUUUUAGGCGAUGCAGAAAUUGGAAACAGUUGUAUUAUGUAAAGGCGAACGAGACGACUUUGACGAUGGAGAAGAAGACAAAGGUGAAGAAGAAAAUGGGAUGCGUAUAUUCCGACGCAUUGUAUUUACCGAAACAGAUUAAUAACUUAGAGAUUAAAAAAACGUGGGUGGAAAGUUUUACGGUGCCUGAGAUCGAUUGUAGUAGUAGCGAGAAGAGAACGCUCGCGGACGAGGAGUCGAUCGAGAGCCGGUUUCGCGAGGAGUUUGAGAACAAAAAUCGGCCGGUUGUUUUGAGAGGAUUAGCGAAGGAGUGGAGAGCGAUCGAGAAGUGGAAGACGAACGAUGCGUUAUUGAAUGAAUACGGCGACGAGACGUUCUUAGUGGGCGGCUACCGGACGAGUUUGAACAAUUACCUUUCCUAUUGUUUACGGGAAAACGAUACCGACGAUAGCAAGUUGUUACUGUUCGAUCCGAAAGUAGCGAAAGAGGAGAUGUGGACGGAGAAUACCGAGAUAUUUGAAGAAGGAGGAUUGUUUCACAAUUUGUUUUCCAAAGAUGGUGAUUAUUUUAAAGUUUUAGGAGAGGAAAAGAGGCCACACUAUAAGUGGGUGAUCUUCGGUCCGAAUCGUAGCGGAAGCACGUUCCACGUAGAUCCGAACGGCACGAGCGCAUGGAACGCCGUGCUCAGAGGUAGAAAAAAAUGGAUCUUGUUCCCGAACGAUGAAGUCCCUCCCGGGGUGUUUCCAUCUGAAGAUAACGCGAGCGUCGUGUGUCCUUUGACGCCAUUAGAAUGGUACGAAAACUUUUACGACACGUUAUUAAGUUGCGGCGACGACGAUUUUGAAGGAGAGGAAACUUCUAAACGAGCGUACCACUUUCAAGAGACGAUAUGUGAAGCCGGAGACGUUAUUUUCGUGCCCAGCCAGUGGUGGCAUUGCGUCGUAAACCUACCGCCAGAACACGACGACCAAGACCAAGACGAAGAAGACAGAAAUGUGCAUUUAGCGCUCACGGCAAACUUCGUCUCUCGAUCAAAUAUGCCAACCGUCCUUAAAAUCUUAGACAGCAAGAACAGCAACUUGGUGAGCGGAUACGACGAUAAAACCCAGCGACGCUCCCUCGGCGAAGCCUUCGAAAAGCGAAUGCGCGAGAUGUACCCGGAAAUACUCGAGGACGCUCGAAAACAGCGCGCGAGGACGACAAAAAAAGAAAUCGCGCCGCCGCGAAAGCAGCAGAAGCGAGUCGGUCGCCUGGCGAAAACGACAGAAAACGCCAACAACGUUACUAAGAAGCCGCGAGGCGAGAACGCAAACGAAAACAACACCAAGAACAAAAUUUCCACCACCACCACCAUCUUCUCGCAACACCAACAAGAACAACACACUUCGUCGUUCGCGUUCAGUUUUUGGGCGAAAGAGGAGGAAACGAAUGAUACUACUACUCAAGCGAAUACUGAUACUACUAACACGUAG